GGCAGCAGCACCCGGCGAACAUCACAGACAGCCGUGGCGUGAGGAGAGACACAUCCCUUCUGUUUGUUAUUUACCAGUCUGCUUUUGUUUCAAACUGCAGAUUCAUUUAUUACACAUUUUACAGCCGAUUUCGAUGUACUGCUAUUAACAGCUAAUACAUGCGUUCAUUAUACGCCUAAUGAUGCAUUUGCACAGCGGUUGAUGAGCAGAUUCCAGGGUUUGUCCAGUAUUUUGAGAGGUAGAAGCGUGUGGCUGAAUAAUUAUGGGUUCUCUCGGGAGCCACUUCCAGGCGUCACCCCGGGGCCCAGAGGAGGCUGUGGAGAGGCAGUGCGCUGGGAACAGACACAGCUGUGAGUGCAGGAAGAGGAAACGCAGCUCGCACUGUGAGUGCGACAGCGAGCCCGAGGACGAGGACAGUCAGCUGGACACGCCACGCAGGAAAAAGUUGAAAAGCACCUCUAAGUACAUCUACCAGACACUAUUUUUGAAUGGGGAGAACAGUGACAUCCAGAUCCGCGCCCUGGGGCAGGAGUGGAACCUGCAUAAAAUUUACCUGUGUCAGUCUGGCUAUUUCUCCAGCAUGUUCAGUGGAUCCUGGAAGGAGUCUAACAUGAUGGUUAUUGAGCUUGAGAUCCCAGACCAGAAUAUUGACACAGAGGCCCUGCAAGUGGUUUUUGGGUCACUCUACAGGGAUGACGUGUUGAUCAAACCAAGUCGAGUUGUUAAUAUUCUCGCUGCUGCUUGUAUGCUUCAGUUGGAUGGACUGAUCCAGCAGUGUGGAGAGACCAUGAAGGAGAAUGUGAAUGUGAAGACCGUGUGCAGCUAUUAUAACUCAGCCACCAUGUACGGCUUGGACUCCGUCAUGAAGAAGUGUUUAGAGUGGCUCCUCAAUAACCUGAUGACGCAUCAGAAUGUGGACCUAAUGAAGGAGCUCGGGGCAGAAAUGAUGGAACAGCUCAUUCAGUCUUCUGAUCUGUUCGUAAUGCAAGUGGAAAUGGACGUCUACACGGCAAUGAAAAAGUGGAUGUUCUUACAGCUUAAUCCAUCCUGGGAUGGGCCUAUCAAACAACUUCUGCUCGAUGCAGACGCCUGGCUGUGUAAAAGAAGAAGUGAGGCUGGAGAAGAGGAGCCGUUUCUGAAUACAGAUGACGGGAUGCCAUUCGUCCCUGUUUUCAGACACAUCCGCCUGCAGUACAUCAUCAAUGACCUGGCCUCGGCCCGCAUGCUGGAACGGGACAACAUCCUACCCCCCGAGUGGCUGAGCGCCGUGUACAAACAGCAGUGGUUUGCUAUGCUGAGGACAGAACACGAUAACGAUAACGGACCACAAGAGGCCAAUAAAGAUGAGUUUGAGCUGAACAGCAUGCGCUGUGGCCGAAAACUGACCAAAGAUGGAGAUUACUGUUGGCGAUGGACAGGGUUCAAUUAUGGCUUUGACCUGCUGGUUACCUAUACGAAUCGUUUCAUCAUCUUUAAGAGAAACACCCUCAGUCAGCCAUGUGGAGGCGCUGUCAGCUUACAGCCACGACGCCACUUUGCGUACCGAUUGCGCCUUGCUUCAUUUGAUAACAGUGGAAAAGUGGUUUGCAGCCGGUCAACUGGCUACCAGCUUGUUACCCUCGAAAAGGACCAGGAAUACGUGGUGAUGAAUCUGGACAGCCGGCUCUUGUCUUUUCCUCUGUGUGUGUGCUGUAACUUCCUCUACACUUCCCCGUCCAGUGAGAGGAGAGGUGACACCCCGGAGCCGGAGAACAGUGCCCGCAGUGUGUCAUGACGGCACACCACAAAACCUCCAUCAGCCACCAGUCCAGCCUUCUUAUGAUUUACAGUUUGUUAGCGUCAUGUAUAUUAUUGCAGUCAUUUUAUUUGUAUGCUUAAUUUGUAAAUAGUCAGGUGCUUUUUAAAUAAUUUGCUAUAUAUCAGCAUCAGAGCUAAGAGGAAGUGCUCUUGGUCGUGAACUUCAUUUGACUCUUUUUGUGUUUGUUUGGAAGUUGUAUUAUAUGUAAACUUGUUAGGCUGGUUAUUAAUUUGUCAGUCAUUCCUAUUUUUUGUUUUACAAAGACUGAACAUUGGUUUUGUACUGUUGUAUUUGUUUGAAAUUGGUGCUAAUGUGAUACAUGUUGUCAUUAUUUGUCAAUGCAUGCCGAUGUAGGAGCAGUGAAGGGUUAACAGGCAUGUGUUGGGUUUACCAACAGGGCAUUUUAAGUGACUUCCACAGGUGUCCAAUGAAGCAGUACAAUUUUCACUAUUUAUACACAAUGUGGUUUUGGUGAAAUGUAAAUAUUGUUGGACCAAACCGUCAUAUGAAAUAAAUAGGUUCAUUAAAACAGCACUGACAGAAGAAAUUGCGUUCACUUUUUCAAACUGCAAUGUGAAAAACAUCAGUAAUAAAACCUGUUUGAACAGGAUGAUUUUCUAUAUACACAAAUACACAUAUAAUAUGUAUAUUAUAUGUAUGUA